GUUUGGAGACCUUUCAUGAAAUUAAUCCAAAAUAAAAUAAAAACCUAGAUCCAACAGUGACAAAGCACCCUACUAAUAAUCCAUCAUAGAGAAACCCUAAUUCCUACCCUCCGCCUCUCCUUAAGCUACGAACACUCAUAGAGAACGAAAAUGCCGUUCAAGAGGUACGUUGAGAUCGGGAGAGUGGCUCUCGUUAACUACGGCAAAGAUUACGGCAAGUUGGUUGUCAUUGUCGAUGUCGUUGACCAAAACAGAGCACUUGUCGAUGCUCCAGAUAUGGUCAGAGGCCAAAUGAACUUCAAGAGGCUUACAUUGACAGAUAUCACAAUCGACAUUCCCCGUGUUCCAAAGAAGAAGACAUUGAUUGAAGCUAUGGAGAAGGCCGAUGUUAAGAACAAGUGGGAGAAUAGCUCAUGGGGUAGAAAGUUGAUUGUUCAGAAGAGAAGAGCAUCUCUCAACGACUUUGAUCGGUUCAAGCUUAUGUUAGCUAAGAUCAAGAGGGCUGGGGUUGUCAGGCAAGAACUCGCGAAGUUGAAAAAGGAGAAAUCAUCUUGAAAUGAUACCUGAAUCGCGAGGAUUUGCUAGUUUUGUCAUUCAACAUUCUGCAAUGUGUUCUUUCGGAAUGGUUUUUUUUUUUUUUGUUUCAAUUAAGAUCAGUUGAGUGCAGUUUCAUUGGUCUAAGACAGAUUUUGUAGUGAAUUUAUUGCUAGAUUUUUGUUUGUGAAAACUUGUGGUAAUUUAUAUUGGCUGCAUGAGAGGCAUAAUAAUAGUCUCUAUAAGCACAGCGGUGUAUUUGUCCUUC